AUGAUUGCCUUAGGUGGAGCUUUAGGUGUUGGUUUGCUUUUGGCUUCCGGUAAGGCCUUUUCUAUUGCUGGUCCUUUAGGCACUCUAAUCGGAUUUUCUCUUGCUGGCUGUAUUGUUCUUUCAACUAUGUUAUCAUUCUGUGAAAUAGUCACUGUCAUUCCAUUAGUAGGUGGAGUCUCGGGUAUUGGUUCAAGAUUCGUCGACGAUGCCUUCGGUUUUGCUUUAGGUGUGAUUUAUUGGCUCAAUUAUACUAUUAGUCUACCAAGCGAAAUCACAGCUGCUGCCAUAAUGUUAAGUUAUUAUCCUCAUUUAAAAGUCCCCGGAUCUAUCACAUCUGCUUGGAUUAGUUUUUUUCUAAUAGUCAUCAUCAGCAUAAAUUUAUUUGAUGUUAGAGUUUAUGGUGAAAUCGAAUUUUACUCUUCAAUUUUCAAAUUACUUUUUCUAUUAGGAAUGAUUUUCUUUAGUAUUGUUUUAAACGCUGGGGGUGUUGCUCCUUUACAUAAAGUUGAAAGAUUCACGUUUUGGAAGAGCUCGGAAUCAGAACCUUCAAAGGGUUUAACAUAUGGACCCUUUAGGCCAACUUUCGAUAUUACUGAUCAAGGCACUGGUUCAUUAGAUGGAAUAAAAGGAGGUGGAGGUCGUCUUUUGGGGAUAAUGGUCGCAGCUUUGGUUGCAUCUUAUGCUUAUGUUGGAACAGAAAUUGUUUCCAUUGCAGCAGGUGAAUCAUUAAAUCCAAGAAAAUCUUUACCAAAAGCUACAAACAAAGUGUUUUGGAGAAUUCUAAUUUUUUAUGUGUUGGCGAUAUUUUGUGUUGGCUUAAAUUUUUAUUCGGGGGAUCCAAGACUAUUAAGAUAUUAUACAAUAGAUAAACCUGACCCUAACCAUGAUUAUGAAGCAGAUAAAAUUAUCGAACAAAAUAUUAUCGACAUUUAUGGUGGGAAACAUUGUGAUGUCAAUUUGUUAGAAUGGGAUGGGUUUUCCAAUGGUAAUCAGAGCCCAUGGGUUAUAGCUUUACAAAGUGCAAGUUUGUGUUCCUUUGCCUCGGUUUUGAAUGGAAUUUUAGUAUUUUUCGCACUAUCAGCUGGAUCUUCUCAAUUAUAUGCCUCAAGCAGAACAUUGUAUCAAUUAUCGCUUCAGGGAAAAGUCCCUGAAUAUUUCUCAAAAUGUAAUAGGCAUGGGAUUCCAUAUAGAUCUGUGAUAUUUUCAGGAAUUUUUGGUUCAUUAGCAUUUUUAGCUGUCCAACAUGAUUCUGGAAAGGUUUUUCAGCGGUUUAUGAGUCUCUGUUCAACUGCAGGAAUGAUUGUUUGGGCAGGAAUGUGUUUAUCAUUUUUAAGGUAUUAUUAUGGACUAAAACAAAGAGACGACUUGAUAUCAAGAGAUAGCGAUUUUUAUCCGUAUAAAUCACCAUUUCAACCAUAUAAUGCUUAUGUUGGAAUGUUUGGGGGAAUAUUUGUUGUCGUUAGUGCUGGAUUUGUUUUCUUUCUCCCGCAUGCCUGGAAUACAUUGUAUUUCUUUACUACUUAUGGUUCCCUUAUGCUUUUCAUUCUUUGUUAUUUCGGAUACAAGUAUUGCUAUGGCACCAAAAUAUUAAGGUUAGAUCAGAUUCAAUUGGAUAUUGGUAGAAAAGAAAACGAUAAAAUUUUUUGGGAAGAAAACCGAGCUUAUAGUAAAAAUCUUUCAGAAAAAAUAAUGAAAUUUUUGCAUUAUUUUUAA